AAAGGUGGUAAAAAAACAGCACCCUUUUUGUUAUUGUUGUGGUUGGCACGACGACGAUGACGCUAGUGGUGAUGAUGAUCCUGCCGCCACUGGCGAGCCUCGACUGUUUCUUAUUAUCUUUUUUCUUUUCCUUGCUUCUAUCUCCCACUUUUCCACUCGUUCUUUUCUUUAGUGUAUAUAAAUUUUUCCACUUUUCCACUUUUCCAUUUUUUGUUUUCUCACUCUUAUUUCAAGAAAAAAAAGCAAUUUGCGUUGCAUAAACUGUAUUGGCCCGCUCCCUCACCCAUUCACUCA